GGUCAAGUCAACUUGGAGACAAGGGACUGUCAACCAGCCGUCUGUGUGUUGUUGUUAAGUCGAGUGGCGUUUGCAUAGUUUUAGACAGAGGGAAACAAAGUUUAACAAAGGCUUCCGGUAGAGUUAGUUGAUGAUCGCUUAAGUCUCUGCUACUCUUCUUCUUUUUUUUUAAUCUUUUUUUUUUCUUUUUACAUUUUUGGCACAACUUCCAUACAACCAUGCAGCGAGGAUUACCCCGUCGGACUUCACUCUGGGGAAAGAAGUCCCUGUUUUGGUUUUGCUCCGUUUUGUUUUACGCAGCUGGAGGUAAAGGCGACAUGUCCCACACCCACUCCACUCUGAGUGCUUCUGCCCCCCACCUGUACUACACCUGUCCCGAAGGCGCAACCGCCAAACUGAUUUGUGUUCAGAGAGGUGCCGCCUUGCACCCCACCGAUGUCUUGAAGCAUAGCUGGCUCUUCACGCCCCACAGUGAUCAGCAUUGCAUGGGUCGGAUGGGCCCACGCCAUAUAACCUUAAGUCAUCCCCAUGUCAACCGCAGCUUGCCUGCAGGGCUGCAAUUUGGAACCGAAGGGCACAACUUCUGGGUAGUUCUGCAGAAUGUGACCCACGCUGACCAGGGUCGCUACUGCUGUAUGCUCCUAGACUUCCAGCAGGACCAUAAACACGGCCUCCUGCAGAAAGCCCACAGCCACGUUAUUCUCCAAGUUACACCACGGAGAAAUGGGUCUCAAGGCUGCACUGUCUGGGAUCCAACACCAGCUGGAGGCUCUGUGCCAGUGGCCUUGGCCAUAGCAGCCUGCAUCUUGGCCAUGCUUUCCCUGCCUCUUAUUCUGGUGCUUGUGUACAAACAGAGGCAGAACGGCCAGUCGAGCAGACGUGCACAAGAGCUGGUGAGGAUGGACAGUGAGGCUCAAGGCCAUGAGAACCCUGUGUUUCUUGGGGGAUCACCGCAGAUUAAGACCCGUACGGUUUCUCAGAUCAUGACCAGGCAGUCAUCGGAGACAGGACGCCACCUGUUGUCUGAGCCAGGGACGCCCCUUUCUCCUCCUGCGCACGGGGACGUAUUCUUUCCAAUAGAAGACACCAUCCUUGAGUCUCCAGACUUCAUGCAGGUUUAAAGGGGGUCGGAAUCUCGUUCAUUGCUCUAACUGCUGACCUGGAAAUAGUCCUGCAACUCCUUUCCCCUUCUUUCUGCCUCCAAAGUGAUGCUGCCCUUAUCAGCUGUUUCACAAUAACCUCUGCUGGGAUUGUCGUCUGUACAUUGUCUGGACCGCAGGAGGGAACGGACUGCCUGUUUUUAUUCAAAAACAUUUUCCACCUGCAACAACAGCUGGAGGCCAAAAGCGAACUUUUGCUUGUGUGCACUUGUGUUGUGGCGGGGUUAGGGUUAGUUUGUGAUGUUCCAUCUACACAAUGACAAUGACUCGUGGACCAACAGGUGCCCGCUGCUUGAAACCGAUCCAAAGCGUUGAGGGUGGAGGUGUGAAAGCAACCAAAGGCUCUCUAUCAUCCCUGUCAUUGUAAUAGAGUGCUCUAAAAGCUUCAUACCAAAGGAGGCAAAUUCUUCAGAGAAGUCUCAAUAUCCUUGUUCAAGUUAAGAGCAAUUUGUUUUCAUGGCAUUACACUGUUCCUCUGUAUCAUAUCGACUUGGCCUCAGCUUAUUUUCUCUUCCCUCUUUGCUACCUCAGUUGCUGUCAGCUCUGCUGCUCUAAAUACUCCUUCCUUCCUGUACUCUCAGAAAUGCAGCACUUCACAGUGGCCUUAAACAUAUACUAGUAUGUGGAAGUAUUUAGAACAAAAUGUCAUAAAGUUGCUUAUGAAUGUCAUUCAUGCUCAUUAAAAGGUAAUUAAGAAUAAUAUGUUUAUUGAUUUUCUCUUGAAUGUAUCCUAAUAGAUUCUUGAUAAAAAAAAAAAAUGUAAUCACUGCCAUGUCAACAUUCCUUUUUCCUAGGUUAUCAUGUGUCUGUUUUUUAUUGAUACGAUGUGUAUAUUAGUGUUCAUUCCUUUUGUUUUUGUGCGUGCAAUGUGAUGUUAAUAAGUAAUUACUAUUUUGCACCUGUGUGGAGGAAUGGCAUUGGAAUGUUAACCAAAUUGUAUCAAGGUCGACUGAGAGAAAAUGAGAAAGUGAUUGAAAUCAUAUUAUUAAUUAUUAUCAAUAAUUAUUAAUAAGGAUGUGUGUGUCUGUGAGAAACCGAAACUAUUCAUGUUAAGGUUGUAUGUGUUCAGCAGGUGCUCAGCGGAAAUCAUCUCUAAAGAAUGUGUAGCAGGUAUAUAGGACAGGGUAUAUUAUUUGUAUGUUUGUAAUUGACGUAUUUGUGUACCUGAAUGUGUGUGUGUGUGUGUGUGUGUGUGUGUGUGUGUGUGUGUGUGUGUGUGUGUGUGUGUGUGUGUGUGUGUGUGUGUGUGUGUGUGUGUGUGUGUGUGUGUGUCCUCAAAUCUUGGGUGACAAGUGUCAAGGAUAACUUUGCGGUCUGGUUUAAAUGAGUGUUUGCAUACUCGCAUGCGAUUCUGCAUCUGCAUAUAAUUGUGUGGUUUAUACUGUAAAAAGCUUGUAUUAGACAAAGACAUGGAGCAGUGCUGCAAAAGCAUAUUUGUUCUGUUUAUUGCAUUUAAAUGGUCCUGGUUGUAAAUGAAUAAUAAAGUGGAGCUCUUAAAC